AUGCGUGGCAUUAAUGCUUCUUAUUGUUCUGAAAAUGCAUAUUAAUACAAAACCUGAUGUUCUAUAAGCUCGCUUUAAGUGAAUUAUAUAGUAAUAUUUAAAUAUGCCCGAUUGGUGGCUUUUGCCCACCCCCUUACUUUUGGCUUUGCCCAGAAAUUCCUGAGCAAAGAGGUUGAAAGGUAUGACUUUGAAAUACCACGAGUAAUGCAGAAAGAGUCUUCAUUGUAAGAGUAUACUGUAAAUGUACUUCUUAAGAUUGAAUUUCUUAAUAUUUUAGCACUGAAAAGAGCCUAUCCCGCGGUAUACAGGCAGUGUAACACACUUAGGAGGCGGAAAAUUAACGCUAUGGAAAAACAAGUUAUUUUCUAAUUUAAAAAGUCCCCCAAGAAGGCAGUUGUCUGCAGUCACGUAUUUGCUAGUUACGAAUAUAGUUAUGAUUUUAAAUAGAUUUGGCCUCGUACACCGAGGUAAAAAAUUCCAAAGUAUGCUGCUACCUGUAUAUAACUAAUCAGGGACAAAUCCAGAAAUUACACUUUUAAAACACUAGCGCAGUUAACUUGCGGAAUGUAAAUUAAUAUACAGUUUCUAAAGUAAAAAAAAAGUCUACAGCUCUAACUACUAACAUUAUUUAUUAAACGUAAUUCAUUACUGUUAUCCGAAAGACAAGAGUUAGAAUUAAAACUUCAAAUGAGUCAAAAUCAUGGUAAAAACCCAUGUAAAACAGCGACCCUAGUGUAUCUUAAAAAUGUAAAGUUUUCGGACGUGUACUUCCGGUUUCGUCAUUCUUAGGAAAAGUUUUGUGUUACACAUAUGGUAAUAAUUCGACAAAGUAUCCACGUUGAAAAGUGGAGAUUGUUUUGUACAAAGUGAGUCUACCAUUUGCAUGUUUUUGUUUUGAAAAACACUUGGAAGUGUUUAGCUCAUUUUUGAAGCUACGGAAUAGCGGCUGAGUGUGAAAGAAGUUUGUCUCAAGUGAUGCUACUGUCCCUCUGUUGUUUUUGAACUCGUCUGUUGCCUGCCUGCUACAGCCGCUGCUCGGCAUUUUUGCCUGUCGUUGUCGUUGUGGCACGAGGUUGGUGGGAUAGUGGCUGAAAGACAAUGUCUGGAAACCUUAUGAAGAAACCUGACGUGAAGGUGGUAAUGCUUGGAGAUAUGAAUGUAGGGAAGACCUCCUUACUGCACCGCUUCGCAGAGAGGAAAUUUCAGGAUACUGUAAGCACUGUUGGUGGAGCCUUCUUCCUUAAACAGUGGGGGCCCUAUAAUAUUUCUAUUUGGGAUACGGCAGGAAGGGAGCAGUUCCACGGACUUGGUUCUAUGUACUGCAGGGGAGCUGCUGCUGUCAUUCUUGUGUAUGAUGUGACAAAUUCACAGUCUUUGGCUGAACUAGAAGAACGAUUCCUUACUUUAACAGACACUGCAAAUGAAGACUGCAUUUUUGCUGUUGCUGGCAAUAAAGCGGAUCUUACAGAUGACUAUGCGUUUCUUUGCGACACUGAACAAGGGAUUCAGGAUGUAGUCCCUUCUUCCCUCGUCUCUCUUAAGGUACGAAAGCAUGUCCUUUUAUGUGAUGCCAUGGCACUUUAUAAGCGGAUCCUUAAAUACAAAAUGGCAGAUUCCAAGAAUUUUCCCAUGGCAGAAAAGAUGUGCUUUGAAACUAGUGCCAAAACAGGGUACAAUGUUGACUCUCUUUUUGAGACUGUAUUUGAAAUGCUUCUACCAGUGAUCUUGAAGAAAAGAGAACAGGGCCCUCCACAAACAGUAGACUUGGAAAGUUCUGAUCAGGUAAAACGGACUAAAUCAGGUUGCUGCUCUUCCAAGUAGCUUUGUCAGAUCAGCAAAAGACUGUAAGGAGAACGGACAUGUUUUUACCAAGGAUUUGAAAUAAAAGUUUUUUGCACACUAGGAACCAAGUUAAAUGCACAGUAUUGGUGAAUUUUUUGAUUUGUGCAUAUUUAUAUUCUGUACGAAGACAGCAGCAUUGCCCCUUUUGGACUUUUCUGUAUAGUAGCAUAUGCAAACUGACCUUAAAAAGUUUGUCAUCCGUCUGUGCUGAUCUCCUCCCUGCACGCAAUUAGUCCGUCAGUUCUAUAUGUAUUCAUAUUGAAAAUCAAUUUUGUACAUUUUUAAGGUACAUAGCAUAGCUGCUAGUGUUCACACCUCAUGUUUUGCUUUUGGAAAUGAUGACAUUUGUCUUUAUGUGCGUAGUCAUAUUUGUCUGUUUACUGUGAAAUUUAAGUUUUGAAUUAUUUUAAAUCUCAGUAACAUUUUAAUAUUGUCUGAUUUGUCUUUCUUGUUUUCAGGAUACUGCACAUUUAUUUAUAUAAUGUAAACUUGUGUCCUGUUAAGGAAUGAUGUUUAAGUGAAGUUAAUAAAGUAAAUUAAAUUGGUUUUAUAUUAUUUUACAUGCAUGUCAGUGCAAGUAUAAUAUAAGAAAGUAACAGCAUGUAGAAAAUGUAAUAUUAACUGGCAUUUCAAAACAUUGUAGUCUCAUCCAUUGCUUUUGGUGGUUUUCAUUGUUGAACAUUUCAAAGCUCACUUGUCUUUCUAACACAGACUGCUUUAAGUAGCUUGACAGACUUAGAUGUGUUUUAAUUUGUAAGAAAACUUCAACUAAAACUUAUAAACUGGAUUUUUUUCUGA